AUGUCUGCGACCUUAAUAUAUUAUUGUCGAGAAGAAUGUGUACCACAUCGGGAUCGUGGAGUCAAUUCUCAUUUUACACGUACAUACGUUGAAAAAGUCGUGGCCGAGAUAUGGGCUAUACUAAAAAUAACCAACUACACUGAAUACAACAUUAGACCUG